AUGAAAGCAGAGGCCAGAAAGCAUGAGCCAGAGAGCAUGAGCCAGACAGCAGGAGCCAGACAGCAGGAGCCAGAAAGCAGGAGCAAGAAGGAGCCAGAUAGCAGAGCCAGACUGCAGGUGCUAGACAGCAGGAGCCAAACAGCAGGAACUAUAAAACAGGAGCCAGACAGCAGGAGCCAGAAAACAGGAGCCAGACAACAGGAACCAGACAACAGGGGCGAGAAACCAGGAGCCAGACAGCGGGAGCUAGACAGGAGCCAGCCAGACAGCAGAACCAGACAGCAGGAGCCAGAAAGCAGGAGCCAAACAGCAAAAGCCAGACAGCAGGAGCCUCAUAGCAGGAGCCAGAAAGUAGGAGCCAGAAAGAGCCAGAAAGCAGGAGCCAGAAGGCAGGGACCAGACAGAAGGAGCCAGACAGCAGGAGACAGAGAGGUGCAGCCAGACAGAAUAGCCACACAGCAGCAGACAUACAGCAGGAGCCAGAAAGCAGGAGCAUCACAGCAGGAGCCAGACAGUAGGAGCCAGAAAGUAGGAACCAGAAAGCAGAGCCAGAUAGAAGGGGCAAGAAAGCAGGGUCAGAUAGCAGGAGCCAAACAGCAGGAGCCAGACGGUAGGAUGCAGACAGGAGAAGCCAGAAAACACGAGCCACAAAGUAGGAGCCAGACAGAAGGAGCCAGAAAACACGAGCCAGACAGCAGGAGCCAGCCAGACGGCAGAACCAGACAGCAGAACCAGACAGCAGGAGCCAGACAGAGCCAGAACGUACGAGCCAAACAGGAGCCAGAUAGCAGAGCCAGACUGCAGGUGCUAGACAGCAGGAGCCAAACAGCAGGAACUAUAAAACAGGAGCCAGACAGCAGGAGCCAGAAAACAGGAGCCAGACAACAGGAACCAGACAACAGGGGGCAGAAACCAGGAGCCAGACAGCGGGAGCUAGACAGGAGCCAGACAACAGGAGCCAGCCAGACAGCAGAACCAGACAGCAGGAACUAG